GUGCACAUUUCUAGGAACUUAAUAAUUUUUCUAGCCUAAUACGCAGUUUGUUAUAAUUGUUUGAUAUUUAAUCUAUUGAGAAAGAUAUAAUGGACGCUAGAGGGAAAACUGGAAUGGUUCUUCUUUCAGGGAACUCCCAUCCAUCCCUCACACAGGAUAUUGCAAACCAUCUGGGCAUUCCUGUUGGAUCCUGUGGGGUAACCCAUAAUUCAAAUAGGGAGACUAUUGUUGAUAUAAAAGAAAGUGUGCGUGGAAAAGAUGUGUAUAUUCUACAGACUGCCGCCUGUAAUGUCAACGAUAUUAUUAUGUAAGACUUAGCCCUUUUACACAUUGUAAACUGAUUGUGUAUUUUGUUGCCAGGAGUUCUACCCUGCCUACCCUACAGCCAGCAGACUAAGAUGAAGAGGAGAGGGAACAUCUCCCUCAAGCUUAUCGCGGAGAUGUGCGUCAAUGCCGGGUUCUCUCACAUCAUCACUGUAGAUCUACACUCAAAGGAGUCUCAGGGGUUCUUCUCCUGUCGUAUGGAUAAUCUCAGAGCAUCACCCUUUUUCCUUCAAUAUAUAGUGGAUAGUAUACCUGACUAUCAUAAUGCGGUUAUUGUUGCUAAGAGCCCCAUAUCUGCCCGGCGUGCUACCUCUCUAGCUGAUCGCCUACGCCUGGGAAUAGCAGUGCUUCACGGAGAAUGCAAGGAUGAGGAGAGAGAUGCUGAUGAUGGAAGAGCUUCUCCUCCACCUAAUGAUGAACAGAGUGUCCAGGGCCGAAUUUACACCAUUGGUAAUCCUCUUCCACCUUUAACACCCAAGGAGAAGCCUCCGAUCUAUGUUGUUGGAGAUGUGUGCGGGAAGAUCGCUAUUCUAGUUGAUGAUAUUCUAGACGAUGUUAACGUUAUGUGUAAUGCAGCCAGGGUAUUGAAGGAGAACGGAGCAACCAAGGUUUACGUGAUGGCGACCCAUGGAGUACUUUCCAAUGAGGCUCCUCGUCUUCUAGAGGAGUCUGAUAUUGAUAUUGAGUCUAAUNCUGAUAUUGAUGAGGUUGUAGUGACCAACACUGUUCCUCUGGAGAAUCAGAAGAUGAUCACCAACAAGAUUAGAACUGUUGAUAUCUCAAUACUUCUGGCAGAAGCAAUUAGGCGAAUCCACAACAAGGAGUCGAUGUCUCAUCUGUUCAGAAAUGUAACUGGAGAAGAUUAAUCAAGCCCCAGUCGGAGAAAUAUUAAUACCGGUCAAAGUGAUUGUUUAAAUUUUAAUCCCAG